AUGGAUUGGACUGGGGCAAUCACUGUCCUCCUCAUUGUCUAUGUUUCAUACCUUCUUCUCCUGUCAGCGAAGAGACAACUUUCUCAGAAGAGGAGACUUCCUCCAGGACCUACUCCCCUGCCCCUGAUCGGGAAUUUCCUACAGAUUAAGUCAUCUAAAACCUUACAAUCUCUUCUCAAGCUUCGUGAUAAAUACGGCUCUGUUUUCACUGUCUAUUUUGGAACACGUCCAAUUCUGGUCUUAUGUGGGCAUCAAGCUGUGAAGGAGGCCUUAGUCGACAAAGCAGAAGAGUUCAGUGGAAGGUCUACUCUACCUACACUCGAGCGGACCUUCCAAGGAUAUGGUGUGGUCUUUGCCAAUGGAGAACGGUGGAAGCAAAUGCGUCGGUUCUCCCUCACCAUCUUGAGGAGUUUUGGAAUGGGGAAAAAAUCCAUUGAAGAGAGAAUCAAAGAGGAAGCCCAGUUCCUGCUGGAGGAAUUUCGGAAGACGAAGGAAAAGCCUAUUGAGCCCACCUACUUCUUAAGCCGUGCGGUCUCCAAUGUCAUUUGCUCCAUUGUUUUUGGGGACCGCUUUGACUAUGAGGACAAGGAAUUCCAAGCCCUCAUGGAGAUGAUGAACAACAGCUUCCGGGAGAUGAGUUCAAGCUGGUCCCAGUUCUAUGACAUCUAUGUCGACUUCCUGAAGUACUUCCCAGGGCCUCAUACAAAGAUCUAUGAUAUCUUGGAAGAUAUGAGAAUCUUCAUUGCCAAGAGAGUGAAGCAAAAUCAAGAGGCCUUUGAUCCCAACUUCCCACGUGACUUUAUUGAUUGCUUCCUCAUCCAGAUGGAAAAGGAAAAAAAUAAUCCGACCAGUGAGUUUAAUGUCAAGAACCUGGAGCUCAACACACUUAAUCUGUUCUUUGCUGGAACAGAGACGGUCAGCUCCACCUUGAGAUUUGGUUUCCUGCUUUUGAUGAAAUAUCCUGAGGUGCAAGCAAAAAUGCAUGAGGAAAUUGAUCGAGUGAUUGGCCGUAAUCGUGUCCCAAACAUUGAUGACCGGAGUGAAAUGCCAUAUACAGAUGCUGUCAUCCAUGAAGUACAGAGAGUCAGUGAUCUCCUCCCUAUGGAUCUGGCCCACAGGCUUACUCGUGACACUGAAUUCAGAGGAUACCUCCUCCCUAAGGGGCUGGAGGUCUACCCACUGCUUACCACUGUCUUGCAUGACCCCACAAUGUUUAAAAGCCCAAAUAUUUUCAACCCAGAGAAUUUCUUGGAUGAGAAUGGACGCUUCAAGAAGAACGAUGCCUUUGUGCCCUUCUCCUCAGGGAAACGGAUGUGUCUGGGUGAAGCAUUGGCCCGCAUGGAGCUUUUCCUCUUCUUCACCACCACUCUGCAGAGUUUCCAGUUGAAGCCCCUUGUGCCUCCACAAGACCUUGACAUAAGCCCGCAGGAGAGUGGCUUUGGCAACAUCCCACCCUUCUACCAGCUCUCCAUCAUUCCACGCUGACCCUGAGGUCCCUUUCUGUCCCAGUCUUGGGGCAAGCUUAAUUCCCAGAGUUCAAAGGGAAAAACCAAGCUGCUUAUUCAACGCUUUGGUUCUUAUACACAGGGUUGAGUUUUUCUGUAAGAAAAUGUCUUCCAUUUUCCACUCCUGGGUUAGUGUGUAUUGUCCUGGUGUGCUAUUGAAACCCCAGUCAAGUUAUAAGGAUGUUGUUGACCCAUUCUAGCAUUUCCUAUCUUCUGGAGAAUCCCAGGAAUAUGAUGCCUUUACUGUUUUAUGUAUAUCUAGAGCUAAAUGUCUGUAAAGUACACAGGUUGCCUUUACACUAUCUCAUUUUAAAACUGUGGUUGGAAUUCCCUAAGAUUGUUAUGUAUACAUUCUUUAGCUAUCUUAACACUACGUUUAUGGAUUCAACAUUCAUAUCUUAAAGA